AUGCUCCCCUUCUCGUCCUCCAUCGCGCGAAACCCCAGCCGCCUCCUUCUCCUCCCCGCUUCCGCCGCUCGCGCCUCCGGCGUCGCCAUGUCGACCUCGUCGCCGCCGCCGGCGACCGUCUCCGUCGAGUACGCCAAGUCCGGCCGCUCCACCUGCAAGGGGUGUAGCGGGGGUAUCGCCUCCGGGGCGCUCCGCCUCAGCACCUCCGCGCGCGACCCCCGCGGCUUCGACAGUACCAAGUGGUACCACGUCGCAUGCUUCCCCUCUGCGUCGCACCCGCUCGGCCUCGUCGAGAGCAUCAAGGGGUUCGACGCCAUUAAGGAAGACGAUCGCGAGGAGUUGCGAGAGCUAGAGAAGAAUCAUGAGACAGACCAGACUGCAGUCGGUCCAUUGGAGGAACCAAGUCCAAAGAAAGUAAAGACUCAGAUGUCUUCCCCUGCAGAGGGGGUGUCAGAUAAGGCAAGCGUCUCUGUUGAGUACGCGAAGUCUGGCCGCUCUACCUGUAAGGGCUGCAGUGAGAAUAUUGCCAAAGGUUCCCUCCGCCUUGGUACCUCCUUUCAUGAUACUCGUGGCUUUGACAAUACCAAGUGGUACCAUGUUGUGUGCUUCCCUGCAUCAUCAUAUCCUGUAUUUCCAGCGGAGAAUCUGAAGGGGUUUGAUUCUAUCAAGGAUCAUGACCGUGAGAAGUUGCGGGAGUUGGAGAAUCACAAGAGAGAUAGCAAAGCAGCUGAUCAGUCGAAUGAGCCAAAUCUGACGAAAGAAAUGGUUCACGGCAUGGGGGACUCUAAAGAAGAUGCUGAAAAGAAUCUGGAAGAAGUAAAGUUGUCUGCAGGGAACAAAAAAAAUGGUCCAUCGAUAUCCUUUUCAGUUUCUGAUAUCAAGAAAAAGUACAAGGAUGCUACCCUUCCUUCUCAUUGGAAGGUUUUUGAUACAGUUAUCUUCCGUGAGCAGGAAGAUGUCCUUCAUGCUUCUGCUAAGAUUGCUGCAUUUGAUUUUGAUGGGUGCCUUGCCAAAACCUCAGUGAGGAGCAUUGGUGCAGACAAGUGGUCUUUACAGCAUAAAUCAAUCCCAGAAAAGUUGCAAAUACUGUACAAUGAUGGUUACAAGCUGGUCAUAUUCACCAAUGAGUCAAACAUUGAGCGCUGGAAAAAUAAGCGGCAGAAUGCAGUUGACUCCAAAGUUGGACGCCUAGACAACUUCAUUGAGUGCGUUAAAGUCCCUAUUCAGGUUUUCAUUGCUUGUGGUUUAGGGAAAGGAAAAGGUACUCCAGAUGAUCCAUACCGCAAACCAAAUCCAGGAAUGUGGUGGUUGAUGGUUCAGCAUUUCAAUUCUGGAAUCAAAAUCGACAUGGAUCAAUCUUUCUAUGUUGGUGAUGCUGCUGGGAGAGAGAACGAUCAUAGUGACGCAGAUAAAGAAUUUGCUAAGGCCAUCGGUCUGAAGUUCCAUGUUCCUGAGGAAUACUUCGGUCCCUAGGAGUUCUCUGACCAGGUUCAGAGGCAAGUAAGACGGUUAUGAUACGUUGUUUUAGUGUUUGGAAGCUAAUAAUGCCAUAGCUAUUCUGAUGUGGAAAUGUACCAUAUGGCUGUUUAAACCGGCUAUAAUAUCGCAGUUAUUCUGAUGUGAAAAUGUGGCACUAAAUUGCUGAGAUAA